CUGCCUCUGAAGUACAAUAUUUUCUGUUGAGUCACAACUGAAGAGAAGGAUGAAGUUUUAACUGUACUUGAUACUGCCUGAGAAAGGGAAAAGAGGCACUGUGAUGGUGAACUAAAGAAUUUCUGUGGAGGGAUACUCCUGGAAGCCGACAGGAUUUCUGCGUUUUUGGCUUUUAUAUUCAUUGGCUUCUGCUGGUUUUUUUGCUUUUUGGAUUUUUAGCAGCUGUUUGCAUUUUUUUUUAACCCUUCAAAUCAUGCCUUCAACUUUAUGUGAUUUCUCAUCCUAUUGCUGCCGUGGAACGGGAUACUCUUGGUGCCUUUAAUGUUGGUUUCCCUGGUAGCUGACAUGGGACACCAACAAUAUGUUGAUAAUCUCCACAGUGAAAGUUCAUUAUGUGGUGAACCUUUAACAGGAUUAGGAACCCUUUGGGACUUGUCUUUUCUAUGAGAACAAGCUGUUAUAUUCUGUAGUUUUCUAUUAAUUCUAUGAUUUCCUUUACAUUCUAAGCUCUUAUUUUAUUUUGAAGCAGCAAGCUGCUUCGUGACAGAAUAAGACCUGGAUGUGAGUUGUGCAUUGGGAAGUGAUUGAUGUGUGCUUGUGCAGCUUGUAGCACUAUGAGAAACACAGGUGCAGCUGCCGAUAAUGUUUGCUAGAAGUAGAUUGAAAAAGCAAGAAAAUGAAAUUACGCUUCUGCAUAGAAAACCUGUUGUAAAGCUGUGGGGCAGGAAGCAAUUCCGGAAGCAAAAACUCCAUUUGUUUCUGCGGGACAAAAUGAAGAGGCUUCUUCAAGGUCAGGUAGAUGAGAAUCCAAACCAUGCUCAUCACUGCCAGCUCUCCCCAGUGGAGAUUGAAACUGACAUGUUUGUUUGUGGGAUAAAGAGGAGUUCUGUCAGCACUGAAUUUUCCACUGCUGGAGGGGACUUCCAUCAGGAUGGAGGACAUGAUUCCAAGGGAGUAAGUGAAGUCUGUGUUGGUGAGGUGGAACUGAACUGGGAUGGCUAUGUGAAAAUACCAUGCUCAGUUCAACAGAACAAGAAGGAUUUGCAGGGAAAUUCUUCUGAUGGCAUGAUGCACGCAUCUUCUGAAAGAAAGAGCAGAGUGACUGAAGGUCAGGACCUUUCUUCCCUGAGCAUUACCAUGAGCUGGAGGGAGGUAGCUGAAAGGCAAGGGUGCUUUCCACAGGAAAAGCCCACUGCAUACAAGCGUCGUAGACGGCAAUCGAGAGAUCGCUCAGCUGAUGUGGUUGAUUACAUUGUGAAAGAACUCCAGGGAAUAAGUCGCAUCCAGACAGAGAUUGCUGAGCUCCGGCAGCACCUCACCUUGAUAAAAGGCUCUGUGGAUGAAGUCUCCAGCUGCGUGGAUACUGUCUUGAGUGAGAUAGAAGGCCUGCAAGGUGGUUCCACUGGCAAAACCCAGGGUACACAUGCUCGAGAGUCAGUUAAGGAGGUACGCAAGGAAGAACCAAUAUUAUAUUUUUAUGGUAUCCCAGAAAAAGAUGGUGAAAACACAGUAGAGCUUAUCUGCAGCUUCUUAUCUGAAUACCACUGUUUCAAUGGUAUCCAGUGCAGUAAGUAUAUAAAAGAUGCUUAUAGAUCAGACAUUGGUAUUGGCAAGCCAUUAACACCACGACCAGCAGUUGUAAGACUUGUCAAUUGUGAACAGAGGGACUUUAUUUUACAGAAAUCUCUCCUUCUGCAAAGCUCAGGGGUCCAGAUUGUUACUGGUGAAGAGCAGAAGCGGCAGAGUGGCCAAAAGGGUGGCAAAACGGAUUCAGUCUCUUCGCAGACUGUCUUCAAAAAAAAUCAUUGCAACUCAGUGAAUCCUGAUGCAGCUCAGAAAACUGAUGCAGUUCAAACUGACUCAUGCCAGGUUAAGUGUAAAAGCACAAGCAGGAAAACACAGUGUGCAGGGGAGAAAUCUGAUCCUGCCCAGACGUCAACCUUGACAAAGAAAAGCAACUUGAUGCAUGAAACUGGGAAGGAAGUAGAAACAGUAAACUGCAGUGAGCCGCCUUCAGAUGGGAGACACAUUCACCAGGUCCUACAGGAACCUCUGCAAAAUCCACUGGUGACCAGUUUGGCCAAACCGGGUGAUGGAAGUUACUGCUGCUCAUCUGACUUUUCAGGCCACGCAAGCGAGACAUGUGCUUCCAGCAAUGGUAGUGAGCACAGGCUUGACACUGAAAACAUCACUAAGAAUGGUUCUUCCCUUCCAGAUAAAGAUGAGAGAAUAACUGCAAAAGAAAUUGAAACAGACUGUAACACUCCAUGCAAAUUUAUGAGUGUGGAGAAAGUUGAUAUUCAGAGAGAAGAUGUUUCUAGUGGGGUGACAACCAUUAGCUAUGACCAUACAACAGAUGAAAUGGCUGAUAGUAGUGACAGCUUGAAAGAUAUGAUCCAAAUGGACCUAAAUGAUCAAGAUCCAACGGAUCAGGUUUUUAGGGAUGUCUUGGAAAAUUCUCAAUAUUUCCUUGACCAUUCCAGGGAUAACAUUGAUCUUGUAGAUGUGAAGUUUUACACUAAUAAGCUUGGGAAAGCUAUUAAUCACUUCAGGUCUGCUCUGCAGGUGGUGUUUCACAAACUGGAGACCAGUGAUUCUGAAAUCCUUUUGGAAAAUGAUAGUGGCUUACAGAUGGACGAUGACAAUACGCUUAUGCUGACCAGUUCAGGUAUGUGCGGCAGCUCUGACAACUUUGCAGAAACCCCUCCUAGUCAGUCCUCCGAGAGCCAGGCAAACCCAACUGUCAACAGCGAAGCAUCUGCUCACAUGCAGUUUGUUCCUUCUAGUCAUUCCUCUGUUCCACAUGAGCCUCCUGUUUCCAGUUUGGUGCCAUCAUCUGACUGUGAAACCCCUGCUGGGCAGCGCUCACCUCCUGAGGAGCCUGGAGGAGAUGCGAACUCUGUACCUGAGCCAACAAAGGAGUGCAGACCCAUGAGCCUUGACAAGGUGUGCGCAGAGACCAUCUACCUGAACAAGUGCAUCAACAACUUCAAAAAUGUGCUGAGGGAAAAGAGACAAAUGCGUAGGAGACUCUUAAAAGAAUUAGCACAGGAAGGAAACUGGAUUUCUGCUGAGGAGACAAAUUCAGAAGGAGGUAGAGGAGAGCUCCAGGGUCAAGAUGAGGCUGAUCCGUCAAAACCACCCUGGCUCAAAGGAGGGCCUGCAGGUGGUCUCUAUGGCAUCGAUAGCAUGCCUGAUCUACGCAAAAAAAAGCCAAUUCCACUUGUCAGUGAUCUGUCACUGGUUCAGUCCCGGAAAGCCGGAAUUACCUCAGCAAUGGCCACUAGAACAUCUCUCAAAGAUGAAGAGCUGAAAUCUCAUGUCUAUAAGAAGACCUUGCAAGCCUUAAUUUACCCCAUUUCUUGUACAACCCCACACAACUUUGAAGUGUGGACGGCCACAACUCCUACCUAUUGCUAUGAAUGCGAGGGGCUGCUGUGGGGUAUCGCACGGCAGGGAAUGCGCUGUGGUGAAUGUGGAGUUAAGUGCCAUGAGAAGUGCCAAGACUUGCUCAACGCUGACUGCUUACAAAGAGCAGCAGAGAAGAGCUCAAAGCAUGGAGCUGAAGACCGAACCCAGAAUUUCAUCAUGGCAAUGAAGGACCGCAUGAAAAUCCGGGAGCGGAACAAGCCGGAGAUCUUUGACUUGAUCAGAGAUGUGUUCUGUGAGAGCAAAAUGACACAUGCUCAACAGAUGAAGACAGUGAAACAGAGCGUGCUUGAUGGCACCUCAAAAUGGUCAGCAAAGAUCACGAUUACAGUGGUGUGUGCUCAGGGUCUGCAGGCCAAAGACAAGACUGGGUCUAGUGACCCAUACGUAACAGUUCAAGUGGGUAAAACCAAGAAGAGGACAAAAACCAUUUUUGGGAAUCUGAACCCAGUAUGGGAAGAGAAGUUUUACUUUGAGUGCCAUAAUUCUUCUGACCGGAUCAAGGUGCGAGUGUGGGAUGAAGAUGAUGACAUCAAGUCUCGUGUCAAGCAGAGACUGAAACGCGAGUCUGAUGAUUUUCUGGGGCAGACAAUCAUUGAAGUCCGUACCCUGAGUGGAGAAAUGGAUGUGUGGUACAAUCUUGAGAAGCGAACAGAUAAGUCUGCAGUGUCUGGGGCUAUUCGCCUACAAAUCAGCGUGGAGAUCAAAGGCGAGGAGAAGGUGGCACCAUAUCAUAUUCAGUACACUUGCCUUCACGAGAACCUCUUUCACCAUCUCACAGAUGUGCAAGGAAAUGGGGUGGUGAAGAUCCCUGAUGCCAAAGGAGAUGAUGCCUGGAAGGUGUAUUUUGAUGAGACAGCUCAAGAGAUUGUGGAUGAAUUUGCAAUGCGUUACGGCAUUGAAUCAAUAUACCAGGCCAUGACGCAUUUUGCAUGUCUGUCCUCUAAAUACAUGUGCCCAGGCGUGCCAGCUGUGAUGAGCACCUUACUUGCCAAUAUCAAUGCUUAUUAUGCGCACACAACUGCCUCCACAAAUGUGUCUGCCUCGGACCGCUUUGCAGCCUCCAAUUUUGGGAAAGAACGAUUUGUGAAGCUUCUGGAUCAGCUUCAUAAUUCACUUCGGAUCGAUCUGUCAAUGUACAGGAAUAACUUCCCAGCCAGCAGCCGUGAGCGGCUGCAGGACCUGAAAUCUACAGUGGAUUUGCUGACCAGCAUCACCUUUUUCAGGAUGAAGGUUCAAGAGCUGCAGAGUCCACCCCGAGCAAGCCAAGUGGUGAAGGACUGUGUAAAAGCUUGCCUCAACUCCACCUAUGAGUAUAUUUUCAACAACUGCCAUGAGCUGUAUAGUCGCGAGUACCAGACGGAUCCUAACAAAAAUCAGGACCUUCCUCCUGAGGAACAGGGCCCCAGCAUUAGGAACCUGGAUUUCUGGCCCAAGCUCAUCACUUUGAUUGUUUCCAUUAUAGAAGAGGACAAAAAUUCUUAUACGCCAGUCCUGAAUCAAUUUCCUCAAGAGCUGGCUGUUGGGAAGAUCAGCGCAGAGGUGAUGUGGAAUCUUUUUGCCCAGGAUAUGAAAUAUGCCAUGGAAGUGCUAGACAACAUGAGCUCAUUCACCUCGUCAAGUGCUCCACCUUUCUUUCGCAUACGUAAAGUUCUCUUUUAUGGUGAGCACGAGAAACACAGGCUGUGUAAAAGUGCAGACUAUAUGAAUUUACACUUCAAAGUGAAGUGGCUGUACAAUGAAUAUGUUCGUGAUCUGCCUGCCUUCAAGGGAAAAGUGCCUGAAUAUCCAGCGUGGUUUGAGCAGUUUGUGAUGCAGUGGCUGGAUGAAAACGAAGAUGUUUCUUUAGAAUUCCUGCAUGGUGCUCUGGAGAGAGAUAAAAAAGAUGGGUUCCAGCAAACAUCAGAGCAUGCCCUGUUCUCUUGCUCAGUGGUGGAUGUCUUCACCCAGCUCAAUCAGAGCUUUGAGAUUAUUAAGAAGCUGGAGUGCCCAGACCCCGUCAUUGUUGCUCAUUAUAAUAGAAGGUUUGCUAAGACUAUUGGGAAAGUGCUGAUGCAGUAUGCUGACAUCCUCUCCAAGAGCUUCCAGUCCUACUGUUCCAAGGAGAAAUUGCCCUGCAUCCUGAUGAAUAACAUCCAACAGCUGAGGGUGCAGUUAGAGAAGAUGUUUGAAGCCAUGGGUGGUAAAGAGAUUCAGGAAGAUGAAGAAAAGGCUGCUGAUUCUGAUCUGGAUGCAGAAGCAAGUGACCAUCUCAAAGAGCUCCAGGUGAAGUUAAACAAUGUUUUGGAUGAGCUGAGUGCUGUGUUUGGUAACAGCUUUCAGACUCGUAUUGAUGAGUGUGUCAAGCAAAUGUCAGAUAUCCUUUGUCAAGUGAAAGGGACAGGAAAUGUUGCUGCUAAUGCCAGAAACACAGUUGCGCAAGAUGCAGACAAUGUCCUGAGGCCAUUGAUGGAUUUCCUGGAUGGAAACUUGACGCUGUUCGCAACUGUGUGUGAAAAGACAGUGUUGAAACGGGUGCUGAAGGAGCUCUGGAGGGUCGUAAUGAACACCAUGGAGAAGCUGAUUGUGCUGCCUCCUCUUACAGACCAUACGGGCACACAGUUGAUUUUCAGUGCUGCUAAGGAACUGGGACACUUGUCAAAGUUGAAGGAUCAUAUGGUGAGAGAAGAAACUAGGAGUCUCACUCCAAAGCAGUGUGCUGUUUUGGAUCUGGCACUGGAUACUAUCAAACAAUAUUUCCAUGCUGGUGGGAAUGGUCUAAAGAAAACCUUCUUGGAGAAAAGUCCAGACCUGCAGUCACUUCGAUAUGCGCUCUCUCUCUACACUCAGACCACAGACACUCUCAUAAAAACCUUUGUCCAGACUCAGACAGCUCAGGUGCAUGAUGGGAAAGGUAUUAGGUUUACCGCUAAUGAGGAUGUUCUUCCUGAUAAGGGCUCUGGUGUGGAUGAUCCUGUGGGCGAAGUGUCUAUACAGAUCGACCUUUAUACCCACCCAGGAACUGGUGAACACAAAGUCACGGUUAAAGUUGUGGCAGCCAAUGACCUGAAGUGGCAAACCUCCGGCAUGUUCCGUCCGUUUGUUGAAAUCACCAUGAUUGGGCCCCAUCAGAGUGACAAGAAGAGGAAGUUCACAACCAAGUCAAAGAGCAACAACUGGGCUCCCAAAUACAAUGAAACUUUUCACUUCAUACUGGGGAAUGAAGAUGGUCCUGAUGCCUACGAGCUCCAAGUCUGCGUAAAGGACUACUGCUUUGCUCGGGAAGACCGAGUACUGGGGAUAGCAGUGAUGCAGCUCAGAGACAUAGCAGACAAAGGCAGCUGUGCUUGCUGGUGCCCCCUCGGACGCAGGAUUCACAUGGAUGAGACUGGACUUACAGUCCUGAGGAUUCUGUCUCAGAGAACCAAUGAUGAAGUUGCCAGAGAAUUUGUGAAGUUGAAAUCUGAGUCCCGCUCCACGGAGGAGGGCACCUGAGCUGAGCUGUAUAAUGUUCCCUUUUCUCUUCUGCCUUGUGCCAAUAUGUGCGAGUGUUAAACAAUUCUGUUAUUAAUUACAAAAGUUUUUUUCAUGUUGUCUUUGUCAGCUCCAAUAGCGCACGUGUGCUGUACAGGAAACAAAUCCAUCAAUCUGAUGUGAAUUAUUUAUUUUUUAGUAGCUGGGUAAGACAUCAUAGAGAAUGAGACAAUCUCUUCUUAUUUAAGAUGCAAAUUCUGCUCUGUGUAUAUAAAUUAUUUUAUAUUGUAGGCUGGGUAUGCUGGGUUUGUUGAUAUGCAGCACUGUGAUUUUUAUCCUCUGAAGUUGGCAGACAUUAAAAAGGUUCUACAUAAUCACACUACGGUGCAAACACACAACUGUGUGAAAAUUGGGUGAAGAAUAAUUAUUUGGAGUUUUGGCAAAGCACAGUUAUCUCUCAUUGAAAUAAUGUACGGUGGAGCUGUCAGGGGAUGUUCUGCACAGAUUAAAACAAUGUCCCAAUGUGAUAUGCAGACAUCCCUGCGUCUGCUUGAAAAAGAGGUUGCAAAUUGCUCUGAAGAAUGAAUGUAUGACCAUGGAUGUGCUGCUGCGAUCAUGGGCAAGACCACUGGGACAAGUGCAGAGGGGCCUAAUAGUUCUUAGCCAAAAGCUGCAAAGGCAUUACACCAGGAGCAGACAGCAGCUGCCCUGCUAUUGUGUUUAGAUGGUGUGUUUCAGAGAAUAUAAAUCCCCUUGUGCUGCUGAGAGUCCUGCAUCACCAUGGGGGUGCUGUAAGCUGCCAAACUCCACACGUUACAAUUUGGCUACUGUGACUGAUGCAGUAAGGAAGGGAACAAUAUUUGAGCCAUGGUAAAUAACAUGGCUGCUAUGUACUUUCUCCACUUUGAUAUUCUGUGGUUAGUUUUUUGACGUAGGAUUGGAUAAUGUAGUACUUGCAGGCUUUCUGUAGCAUUUUGUUACCCUGGAGUAGCUGAGACCAUUCCUCACUCUGAAACCAGAAGCGAUGGCUUGCUUGGGAGAGAGCAACACCUCUCCCUUCUCCAAGCGCUCACUCUGGAGUGCUGGUCAAGGGGCAGCAGGUCUUGUCGGUUCUAAUUUUGAAGUCACUAUUGGCCGUGCUGCAGUUGAUCCAAGCUGAUUGUCAUUAAUCUGUGAUUUAAUGAUACCAUUGAAAAUAUUUUUGCACUGUCUUAAAGAAGCAUCCUGGUUUUGUUUUCUUGCAAAACAAAACACUGUCUUGAGCAAAGUGAUUGCAGGGAGGUCAGAAUUUCUGACUGAAAACUCGUAAGCAGGAAGGUCUGGAGUAGUGAUUGCUCCUGAGAUAUGUUGAUUGGAGGGUUUCUCUUGUUUAUGGGGAUUUUUUUGCUAUUUCCAGCUGCCUUUGUGCUCUGGAAAGUGCAGCUGGAACAAGCCAGUGCUUGUCCAUAAAGUACUGUAAUACUGUCAAUAAAUUCAAGGACUGUGUAUUGAAUUACUUUUUUUUUUUCUAUUUUCUCUGACACUUGUACAGCUUUAUGAUAUGAUUCCUGUAUUUCAUGGGCCUGCUCGUAGAGUUCUGAGACUGCACAUCCGCUUUGUUCUUGUCCAUGGUGUACUAUAAUAAUGCUCUUCAAAACUCCACGCUAUUUGUCAUGAUUUUGAAUCAUUGUAUGUGCCAUUGUUAUGAGAACUGUUAGUACCGUCUUUAAUAAAGUCUUUUAGCAGCAUUUGGGGUCAUCUGUUGAAGUGUAACUGUGAUUAGGUUUGCUAAAUCACAUAGGGUGGAAUUGCUGCUGACUCUCUGUAAAUUGCUCUCAUUUGGGACAUAGACAUUUCUCUGCUGCUGUAGAUUCGUAGCAAGGGGUGUGGAUCAGAUAAUUGCCCCCUCCUCCAUGGUGCCUCCAUCUUUGACAGCUUUCCCUGAAGUACUUGGCUCCUGAUAACACACCAAGACAUGACAGAAAUGGAUAAAGAAUAAGUAACUUCCUUGUCUUCUCCUAUCUGGCUUUUAAGUCAAGUUUCCUUUGUGCUCAGGGAGCCUCUGAAGGGUGCUGAAUGGGAAGAUUCAGGCAGGCAGUAGGAUACUUUAGGGGUAAUAUAUGAAGAAAUACAAUUAUAUACCAAAUUUGAUUCUUAGCUUUCAGUCUGAUAUGAGCAUUAAUACUCUGUCGGCGGUAUUGACAAGAGAUAAUAGAACAAACAUUCUUGGUGUUAAGUAAACUACCCUUUCCCACACACCAUUUUGGAGGGAUGCUGCCACUUUCCGGCAGACCAGCUCAAAUAACUCAAACUCAUAUUUCAUGAUAAUGUGAGUCUCUGAUUUUCUGUGAUUCGAGAUACCAUUUUUUCAUUAGGUAACAUACAGUCAACAGUCUCAGUCCAGCCUGUAGCUGUAUUUCUGUUUCUGGCUUCAUCGCAGCGAAGUUACUGAGUUUGAUGGCAUAUCCCAUGUGGUGUGUUGUUUGAAGACUUUAAAGCUCCACUUCAGUAGCAAGUUAGAUGGUACACAGUUUUCUAACUCAUCAGUACACUUGCUUGUCAUCGCUUCAUAGUGUUGCAGUGGAGAGAAACCAGUAAAGAACUAUUCAAAGUAAAAGUUCUGUCUGUAACCAUGGGGAAGAGGCCUGGACAGGGCAAGAGGUUUGGCUGUUCUUAGUAGAGUGGGGACCCAAUGCUCCGGAAUACAUUGCUUAUCCACCAGUCUAGUCCUGCUGCAAACCAAGUUUAUGAACUUUUUAAUCAUAGAAUUAAUUUCCGUGAGUGUUGCUUUGUAACAUGUUCCCUUGUUUGCCCAUCUAUCCUUGUUUACACUUAUUGUGGGCCUUUCAUAUGUUUUUCCUGCCUGAAAGAUCAUGCAGACUUGAGCUGCAAACAUGUGGACUUUUUCUUUUACCUGUGGCAACAAUACUGUGUUGUGCACAUGGCUCUGUCCUCUCUAUCUGAACUCUCCUCAAAAUGACAGCUGGAUAUAGGAUAUACACUGUGUAUCAAAUAAU